AUGCAUAAAGGAAUGAAUAAGAAAAAGACUACACUUCUUGUGGUGGAUGGAGUUUGUGAUAUUCUUCAAGAAGCGCCUAGUAAUCUUGCUCGUUCAUUGAUUUUGUUAUGUAAGGGUUGCGGUGUUCUUUCUGGUGUUCCGAUUCCUGGAAUGGAACGUCAACGAACUCUUAGCAGCAGUAUGGAAGAAGCUGACCGGCCGACUAGGUAG